AUGGGAUACAGCAACGAUCCGGCUUCCACGUUCAUAUUUUGUGAGGAAGCGGUAGAUGCGAAUCCCCGGCCCUGCCCAUGCUUCAUCCGGCGAUACUUCGUGCCAUUGAAGCGAGCUAGUCCUAAGUUCGACCUCUCGAAUCUCAGAGAGGGGAGAGUGGACGUCGGCUGCAGGUGCAUCACAGGCUCGCUUUUCCGCUCCCAAAGUCUGAGGCACAACACUGAGAUCAGUCUCUGCUUCGGAGGUGUGGGUGCUGGUGAAGAACCUCUCACGGUGAGGAUAAGUGGAGGGCUCGUCAGAAACCUGAUGCCGGACGAGAAUCAUUGUUCGCUGCGACUGAAGCAAUGCAUCGACAAGUUUCUCCUGUCGCGCGACGAGCCCUAUGAGAAUGUGAAUGAUCCCACCAUGAAGAUCUCGAAACAAAAAGAAAGGCAACUUGCCGCAAAGGAAGCGCAGAACAGUCGAGGGAUUGAAUGUCGCCGGUCUGAUUUGGCCAACGCAGUCUACGAUGCUCUGAGCUACAAGAUGAAAUCAGAGGAGGAGGGGAACGAUAUGCAAGACGGGUCGGCUAUCAUGGUCGAACUACACCCAGAUGGAGAGCCGGUCGAUUCAUUCCUGCAAAGGCUGAGAAAGGAAUGGUCGGGAGGGGACGGGGAGGGAGACACGACCAGCAGCCGCAAGGAGUUUCUCGUCUUCCUCGGGGAUGACAAGGGCCUUGAGAACGAGGACUCCUCGUUGAUACAGGAGAUGGCGAGCAAGGUACGAGGUAGAUAUCACAAAGUCGCUCUCGGGAGUUCGAUGCUUCUUGCGAGCCACUGCAUCGUUGUCAUGAACUUCCUGCUCGACUCGAUGCUCCACGCCUGCCCCCAGAGACUUUGGGAUGGACCAGGCAAGCUCGUUGAGAAGAGGAGGAAGCAAACUCAAGCGAGGAGAAAGAAACAUCAAAAGACAGGAACAGCCUCGGAGAGAUGUACUGAUCCAAAUAUGCUGAAGGAUCCUUAG